CCCCCGAUAUCUUAGCCUAUUAUGUUUGAUGUUGAUUGGCGUUCUGUGUUUUCUGUCGCAGGUUAUUCUUGGUACUAUUUCUCGAAUUUUUGGGCUUUGGUGCACGCCUCUCUUAUUAGCUCUUUCCCAUACUUUGCUUCUCUCCCAUUGAUCUUCGAUUUCCUGAGACAUGUCUGUCCUGCAUAGAUGCGGCCGGUAUUAGCAUCUUCGUCACUCUCCCCCUUUCUCAUUUCCUCCCAGUAAUUAUAUUAGAUGUCCGCCCCCGCCUGUGGGGAAGCCUCCUCCCUCGAUGACCCGGAUCGCCAUGAGUCCGAAAUGUCGGCUCCCGUCACGUCACUUUGGUGGCCAGAGGAUCGGGUAAAGACCACCCUCUUGCCUGAAUAUGUCUUCGGCCAGCUUCCUUCGGAAGUGUUACACCGGCUGGUCGCUCCGCUGCCCUGGGGGGAGGGUCUAACAAGCGAAUCCUACUUGGACUGGAUCAUCGCCAAGGCGGGCAGGCUCUUUCUCAUACUUGUCGACAUCGGCAUCCCCGAUCGGAUUUUUGCACUGAUAGAUGAGUCUCUGGAUGACUCGGAUCUGCCCUUCUCUGCACCUAGUGUCAAGCGCCUGCCUCUUUCUGCGGAGAGCCCGAAUCCUGACCUCGAUCACAAGUUCUUUCUGGCUCAAUGGCGGUUCAUCGUCCGUGGAAUCACUGCGGGCGAUCAUGUCAAGUACACUCCCAAUGAGGGCGUUCCGGUGGAGCUGCUCCGCACCGGGACUUCGUUGGUAAGAGAAGGGGUUGAGAAAGUGGUUCUUGCCGGUGCGCCGUGUCGUGUACUCUUGCGAACGCAAGUUACUGUCGGCGGCGCACCUCACUUUUUUGAGGAAGACGAAGUAUUAGAGGAAAUCCGCUCGUUGAGGAGAUUGGCCCAUGACCACGUUUAUUCAAUCUAUGCUUCCUACUUCGUGGAUAACACGGUCUGCAUUUUGUUCUCCGGAGUAUACGAACGCACCUUGAUGUCCUUUCUCACCGACGUGCCUCAACCCUUCAAACGUCUUCCGAAGAACAAACGACGGGAGAUAUUGGUCAAUUGGCCGCACUGUUUGGCCAAUGGAUUGUCUUGGCUGCAUGCGCAUAGUCAUGCGCACAGUGUCAUCCGUCCGUCGAACAUCUUGGUCGACGCUGACUUCCGGGUUUAUCUAGGCCAAUUUGAAGCACUCGACACCCUGCUUUCGCCGGCCAAGCUAGAUGACAUCGAGUCGUAUCAGUAUGGCGCACCGGAGCGCUGGGUGCGCUCUGUCAGUGUACAGGAUACCAAUGUGUCGCGACCUACAAUUAGUCUUCCGUCUGGGGGCCGGUCAGCACGGAAGCAGUCUGCUUCAUCCUCCACACGCCCGUCUUUCCUUAAUCUAUCUAGACUCCGAAACUGUCUCCCGUCGGAUCGCGCGACAGAAAGCCCACGUGCAGAAUCGGUCACUUCGCAGGGGACUGCUAUACGCAUCGGCCUGCGAGGAUCGUCCUCUCGAGUCUCGUUCACCCAAUCAUCCUCUUCCGGGUCCAGUACUGGGAGUGUUCGCAAGCGCGCUAUCGGCUCCAUCAAACGACCCAUGUUUUAUACACCCUCCAUCACCUCCUCUCACUCAUCAGGAUCCUCUUCCGCGGCCUCUGCCAUUUACCACCCAAUCGGCUAUCCCAUCAUUGGCACCAACGCUGCCAUCGUCCAGACCUGGCAGACACGCCAAACGGACCCAGAAGCCUCCGAUAUCUUCUCCCUCGGAGCCGUGAUGUUAGACAUAUUCACUUUUCUGUGCAAGCGCAAGCUCUCCGCCUUCGCCCACCAUCGCGGAGCCAAGAAUAGAACAGCGGGCCGCGGGGGCGGCGUCGCCGAUUGCUCCUUUCACCUGGACCGAAACGCCGGCCAGGUCUGCUCAUGGAUCACGCUCCUGGACAACGACGCCAAGAAACACAAAGACUCCAUUUUCCAGGCCGUCCGGCCGAUGCUGGAUGUCAUCCGGGUCAUGCUCAGCAGAGAUCCUGUGGACCGGCCCUCCGCGUUCCAGGUCGAACAGGUGUUCGCGCGCGCACUCCAGAAGCUAGACCACGCCGCCCCGCUGCACUGCACGUCCAAACUGCAACAUCCCGCUCCACGACCGAAGAACGCCCUGCGCAUUGGCCCCAACAAGAACGCAGACGCAGCUUCGCAUAACCUGAUUGUCCCGCGCGCAGGACCAACAGCAGCACCCCGACCCCCUUCCUCGCUGGUCAGCUCGUCGCCAAGCACGGAAUACAUCACUAGUAACCCCGGAGGGCCCGUAAGCCCGAUGAGCUACCACCCCUCCACUGCAGCCUCUGCAUCCAGCUCCAGCCUCCCCGAUUGCUAUCUAACAGAUAGCUAUGUUACCGGCGGCAGCGACACCGAUCCGGAGCAGGACCGGUACAUGAAUCCCUGGCUAGACCCGGACUAUGUGUCCGAACCGACCAUGCAUCAUGAUCCGUUCUGGAACUAUAGCAUUGCACUAGGGAAACACUGACCUAUCCCCUUGGAAUCCCAUCUAUGCUCCUCGCGCAUUUCGCAAGUCUAAUACUGUCAGCCCUUCCGUCAUUGAGCGCCAGGCAACCGGCUCUACCUCUCC